AAUCCGGAGUCGCAAUGAAGCGCGAGGACGAAGCGUCAAUCCCACCAAUAAUCAGCGAGAUUCAAAAACACCAGCAAGUGGCAGCCACCUGCAACAGAACAACGGUAGGGUUAUGUUUCUGGGCGUAAAAAUAAGUAACUAUUUUGGCAUAGCGUUACAAUAUAUAGUGGUUUAUAGUUCAAAUAUAUACGCGAAGAUAAAACUUGUUUCAGACCUAUUGACAAAAGAAUUGUAGCAGCAAAUCAAGGCGCUUAAUUAGGGACUAAAGGAAAGAGCGCCCAAAUCUGUUCCCUCUGGACGGUAUCCCCUUCCUGGGCUUUGAGCACCACUCUCGCGGAACUAUCACAACAAUGGACUCUGUCUCCACGGGAAGGUCUCUCUCUGCCAUAUCUCAGUGGGUCAACCGUGGAUAUGCUUCGUAACAUGUGUUCUCUCCCAUGUUAACACCGCUCCCGGGUAGUGUUUUCUUUGCUCGCGUUCGGUGAAAGGUCUGGUGUAAUAAGACUAAAGAUGCCCGGACGAAACAGGUACAAUCUGGUGGACGAUGUGGCAGAUUCGCGGGUCCCACUCCACAAUGAAGAGGCGUACCAACAUGGGAUACAUUUUCAAGCCAAGUAUGUGGGGAGUCUGGAUGUUCCCAGGCCUAACAGUCGAAUGGAGAUCGUAGCAGCCAUGAGAAGGAUCAGGUACGAGUUCAAGGCCAAGAACAUCAAGAAGAAGAAAGUGAACAUCAUCGUGUCUGUGGAUGGAGUCAAAGUGGUCCUCAGGAAGAAACAGAAGAGGAAAGAAUGGACCUGGGACGAGGGCAAGAUGCUGAUCAUGUCGGACCCGAUAUACAGGAUCUUUUAUGUAUCCCAUGACUCCCAGGACCUGAAGAUCUUCAGCUACAUUGCCAGAGACGGAUCCAGCAACUCCUUCAGGUGUAACGUCUUCAAGUCCAAAAAGAAGACCCAGGCUAUGCGUACGGUGCGUACGGUGGGCCAGGCCUUUGAGGUGUGUCAUAAGCUCAGUCUGCAGCACGCCCAGCAGGACAUGGAUGACCAGGCAGAUGGAGAGAGUGACAAGUCCACAGAGGACUCCCCCACUCAGGGCCGCCAGGCAACGGGAGCGGAGCGUGAUGAAGAGGGCUGCUGUGGUGAGGAGGGGAAUCCCCAGACACAGGGCCAGACUCUGUGUGAGCAGGCGUUCAGCGACAUCCUUCAGAGUCUGGCCCAACUCAACGUGGUGAAGCCUGGACACACCAUCAUGGACUAUGAGAGCCGGUCUGUCUACACAGUGAUGCCACACACCACCCUGUCUCCCAGAAGCCCCAGCUCCCCGUCUCCAACCCCUCUGUCGGAACAGCACUACCUCCUACUCCUCCAACAGCAGCUCCUGCAGCAGCAACAACACACACAGGUGGCCGUCGCACAGGUGCAGCUUCUGAAAGAUCAGAUGUCAGCUGAGACAGCUGCUCGCAUGGAAGCCCAGGCCCGGGUCCACCAGCUACUACUGCAGAACAGAGACCUGCUGCAGCACAUGACCCUGCUGGUCACCCAGCUCAAAGACCUGGAGGGCAGAGUACCUGGACUGGACCAGGGGGACAGACAUGCAACAGGACAGGGCCACAAUGAUCAGCAGUCUUCAUGGACCACCAGGUCCCUGUCACUCAACCUGAAGAACCACUACAGCUCCAGCAUGGACCAGCCCAUCACCUCCACCCCUGCAGGGCCACUCCAAAACACCCCCCUCUCAGCUACCCAGGUGGACUGUGCCCAGUCCUACCUCAACCUCAUGAACUUGCAGAGCAGGACCAAACCACAGUGCCCUCAAAACGGGGGGGAGAAGGAGACCGAUAGAGCCAAUGGGAAACCUGGAAGGAGGGACAGUUUGGAAGUCCCAUCCAGUGAUAUUGUCCGGUUCGAAACAAGGAAUUCUACAAACCUGGAUGAAAGGUUUAAACAGAUCAUUCCUAAAUUGGACCCACCUCCUCCAUUCUUCAAUCGUAAGAGAGCCAGCAGAACCCUCUCUCCGGGGUCAGAGUUCAACCCACUGACCAUGCCCCUGACCACACCUACAGAUGGGAGAAACUGCAUUCCUAACGCUGGUCCUAGCUGGAGCGAGAGCUUGUCAUUCCCGGACAUCACUCCUUGCUCCCUCUCUUCCGAAACCCCUGGAGAAUUCCACUCGCUCAGCAACGGAGAAACAGAAAGUGGAUCUUGUGGCUCAGCCAGCGAGGAUUCGGGCGUUCGCUCUGAAACUAAAUCGCAGCUCUCACCUCAACAUGACGAGGACGACCCGUUCGGGGACAGGGGGACAUUCCUGACAGCCUCGAGCAGUUGUGGCAGCCCUCUAGAGGGCAUGAGGGGGGGAACCGGUUCUCCGUCCUGUGGCACCCCCACACCUGGCGUGCACACUGACGGCUACGAGCACACGCUGCCCUUCUCGCCCGUCAAUGACACGUGUCUGCACAUCAGUUUUUCCGAGGACGAGCUACCGGACAGCAGCCCUGAAGACUCAGGCGUUCCCCAGAGGAGCUAGGGCCAGCCCCAUGUAUAAUUUAACACAGCAGCUCCCAAAACUACAAGGGAAUGUUUGGGGGGGAGGAACAUAUUUGGUAGUUAAUCAAGUCACCUCUUGUACCCAGAAAAUACAGUUGUAUUAAAGAGUCGUCUCAGUUUUCUUCCAAUGGACGUCUCUUUAAUGGUUUAAGUUCCAAACUGUUAUAUUAUUACCCCAUUUUUGGUAGAUACGAUCUGCUUAGAGCAGAGUGGAAAGAUACAGGCAGUAAAUCACAGAAGAUGAUACACAAUGAAUGCCUGAUCUUCCUUGAAGCAUUUACUUCUUUUAGACUGACAUAUAAUUACAAAUCAGAUUCAAACUAUUUUUUCAAGGACUGUCAUAACUCUAGUUACACGGUGGUGUCAUUAGUAAAAAAAAAAAAAUCUAAACCAGGUCACAGGCCAAAAAUGUUUAUUUUUUACCUCUGCGCCUGGAAAGCGACACUCAUGCUGCAACCGACACAACGCAAACGUUUUGUGAAAGUGUCUUUCGAAUGCAAUAAUGUUGGCACUUCCGCUCAUUUACUCUGAAAUGUGGAGCACUGUGGAUUUCCUGUGAUUCCAUCCACUGAAGGAACAAGCAGGCAUCACGUGCCCUGAACAUACAUGCAUCCAGCAAAAAGGCAAAUAAUGUGGUAAAUAUUUGGCGCACCCAACUGUAAUAUGGUCAGAAUGUAGUACUUUUCUAGAAGGGAUAAUGAUUUGCUUUGUUAUUAGUAAAUAAGUAGGGGAUUAUAAAAUAAGUAACAAUUAUAUAGCUGAAGUCUUGCACUGUUCAUGUAGCCUGUUAACAUGCUUUUGAUGUUUUCCAAUUACAUUCAACUGAUUGAAAUCAUGUGUUGGACACAUUUUCAACAUCCCACAAAUGUUACUAUACUUGUGUACUGAUGGUUGUGAGAACAGCAGCCCUCUCUCAGGACCCCAGACUGUGAAGAGUUAUGAAGGAAGGAACCAAUAAGUGAUAGAAAAGAGAGCGGAAAUGAAAGAAGUCGUACUGAAGCUGUGUGCGUUUCAACACAGUUAGGGGGGAAGGUUGACUAUGUGUAUGUUCUGGAAUGUUCUACACCACGCCUAAAGUCUUUGGACCACACACAUGUAGUAACACAGCGCUGUGUGCACACUGUAAUAGAAGAAAUUAGCUCAAAAUUGGUAUUUAACAUUUUGUUUGUCUGGGUUAUUUCAAUGUUAACAGUUGGUUGGAUUGUAGUUUCAAGGAACAUAAACAGCUCUUAGCUGAACAUCUGGCCUGCGGUAAAUCCUACCAGAUUGUUUGAAAAUUGAUUGGUGUUAUUACAUGAAUGAAGAGCCAUGAAAGGUUCUAACGAAAACCCUAAAUGUCAGCCGAUUUUCAGGGAUGUUAAGCUUUGAAAAGA